GGAAAUAAGUGAGUAAAAUGGUAGAGCAAAACAAAGUGAGCUUAUAUGGAAUAUGGGCUAGCCCAUUUGUUAAGACGGUGGAAUUUGCUCUCAAAGUGAAGGGUAUACCCUAUGAAUAUCUGGAAGAAGAUUUGUGGAACAAAAGUCCAUUGCUCCUCAAGUUCAAUCCUAUUCAUAAGAAGGUUCCUGUACUUUUUCAUAACGGGAAAGCCAUUGCUGAGUCUCUUUUGAUCAUCGAGUAUAUUGAUGAAACCUGGAAAACUGACCCUCAACUUUUACCAGAAAAUCCAUAUGAAAGAUCCCAAAUUCGCUUCUGGGCAAGCUAUAUGCACCAGGUGUUCUGGGCCUUGGCGGUAGUGGUUAAAACCAGUGGAGAAGCACAAGAGAAAGCCAUCAAGGAAAUGUUUGAGAAAUUAAUAUUACUUGAAGAGGGACUCAAGGGUUUGUUCCCAGACGGCUAUGUUGCAUCAGCUGAUGAGUUUAGCAAAAAUGUACUAGAGUGGAUCAUGUUUGCAUUCUUUAGCUCGUAUGAAGCUGUGCAUGAAGUUCUUGGCAUAAAUGUUACUGAUCCUGAGAAGACUCCACUGUUAUUUUCCUGCAUAACAGCUCUGAUGGAGAUACCUGAGGUGAAAGAGUCAUGUUACCCUCAUGAAAAGAUGGUGGCCUUCCUGAAGUCCUUGAGAGAAUAUGCCCUCAAGACUACUACAGCUUGAAUGUAAUACACAUAAUGUCGUUCGGUUUGCUUCUUCUUGUGAAAUUUGAUUUUGUAUGUGUCGGUGAAAAAGAUGCACAUUCCUCGUAAAAGGGUGGUGGCAUCCCUCAAGCUCUUUACAGAUUAUGGACUACUAUCAGUACUGUAAAACGUAUUUGCUACUUUGUUAUGAUCAUUAUAAGAAUGCUAUUGCAAUGCAACGUAGACAAGUUAUUUGCCUUUG